GAAAAAAAAAAUGCUUCCUGGCGAAGAGGCAAGAGAGAAUAGCAUCUCCACAACAGAUGACAGCAACGUCCAUGGCCAUGACCUGUAUAUGCCUCCCCCCGCAUCAUCGAAAUCUACCUCCGACUCCUAUUUCCGUCUCCGUCCCUCGUCAAGACAACUCCAGCUUCAGCACCAACACAGAACGCAAGCGACUCAUGUCCACUCUCACAUGCACACGCAUACGCACACCCAUGCACAUACACAUACACACACGCGUCGAACACCUAAAUCCCCCCUUGGAACCAUGUCGAGCACCCACCAUCACCUUCCCACCAGCCCCGGGACGGCCUCCGACAUGAUGGAAACAUGGGACUACUCCGAAACAGAGUGGUGGGGGUGGAUCAUACUCGUUGUUACCUGGUUGGGAUUCGUGAUCGGUAUGGGCAGCUGUUUCGGUGUCUGGAGCUGGGCAUGGGAUGUGGGAGAGACGCCUUACGCGCCGCCUGAGCUGGAGGAUGAUCCGACCCUGCCCAUUGUGGGGUACUAUCCCGCGUUGAUUACGUUGACGGCUGUCAUGUCUUGGGUGUGGGUUGUUGUCGCUUGGGUUGGGAUGAAGUAUUUCAAACAUGCUAAUAUCUCGGGAGAUGAUACGUGAGACAAGAAAUUU